AUGGUGGUCUGGACCGUCGUUGCUACGGAUGAUUCUUACGUGUGGGAAACGGGUGGAAAUGAGUUGCAGGAGUUCUCCGUUAGCAAAACCUGGAACCAGUUAAGGAACAGGGCCUCUGAACAGCACUGGACUCAAAAUAUUUGGUUCAGAGGUCACAUUCCUCGCCAUGCCUUCACUACCUGGGUUGCUUACCAAGAUCGCCUACCUACAAGAGCUAAACUAGUCAGUUGGGGCAUGAACAUCUCCUCCGCUUGUUGCCUCUGCAGUUUAGUGGAUGAGAACAUAGACCAUUUGUUCCUUCGUUGCGAGAUCAGUGGAACUGUUUGGAGUUAUGUGAUGUGCAGGUUAGGAUACUCUCAUAGAGGGUUCCACUCUUGGAAUGCUCUCUCGGAGUGGAUGAGGCUUCGAGACUCGGUGGUGAGCUUACCGCUCAAGUGA